ACACCAACAUUAAGCUAUCCUUCCUUUCUUUAGCCUUUUGUUAUUUCCUCUCUCUUAUACAGCUGCAUGGCGUUUGGUGGAGAUCUUCCUUAUUUUCCCAACCUUCUUUCUGGUAGUCCCUCAAAACAAGAGAUACCAAAUGAGUUGGGGGGAGAUAGAUUUUCCAUAGCAGGCUCUAAUUCCUCUAAUGCCUUGGUUCCUAAUAAUGUUCACCAUUUUGAUCAUGCUGUUCCCUUUAAUGGGUCCAACUUGAAUCCCCACCAUCCAAUUUCGCUUUCUGCAAAUGAGUUUUGCAGUGAUUUCAAUGCUUAUGCAUCUUCUGUUUUUGCACCUUAUGGCAAAAAUGGAAACAUGCAUGGCCUUGAGAAUGAUAUUAGCCUAGGCCUUAGGGAUAAUCCUCAAAAAAAUUUGGUCCAUUCUGUAGUCCAAACUGAGGCAUAUCUGCCUCUCAAUACUCAACAACUCGGAUCAGCAAAUGGUAGUUUGGCUGAAAACAUGUCAUGCACAGCAGCUGAAACUAAUAAAUAUCUUGGCAAAGUUGAUCUGAAGCAGCAGCAGCGACUGCACAUGAGGAAGGCAAGCAAAGCUCGAAAGAAAUACGCUAACAUAAUCAAAGGGCAAUGGACUCCACAAGAAGACAGGCUACUGGUGCAGUUGGUAGACCGGUUUGGUAAAAAGAAAUGGUCUCAAAUUGCUAGGAUCAUUACUGGGAGAGUGGGGAAGCAGUGCAGGGAGAGAUGGCACAACCAUUUGCGGCCUGACAUUAGGAAAGAUAACUGGACCGAAGAAGAAGAUAGGAUCCUGAUUGAAGCUCACAAGCAAAUUGGAAACAAAUGGGCAGAAAUUGCUAGGAGGCUGCCAGGAAGGACUGAGAACACCAUCAAAAAUCACUGGAAUGCAACCAAAAGAAGGCAGAACUCAAAGAAGAACAGCAGGGACUCCAACUCUAGCGCCACCCUCCUGCAAAGCUACAUCAAGGCAGUGACCUCACCCAAUAUGCACGUCGAUGACAACUCCAUCAACUACAAAAACAACAAUCUCUCAGAGUCAAGCGUGUACAUGGUGAAUAUGGUGACCAACAACCCCCAAGUUCAACUUGAGAACUCAGACCUCACCUCCCCAAACUGGGCAGCAUUCCUAACUAACGUCUACAAUCACAACGAGGCGGCCAAUAUUGUUGGGCAGGGAAAUGGAGUUCUACGAGAUAACUGUAGGUCGAGGAGGCGAUUGAGUUAUGUGAAUUCUUGGUGGGCUUCUUUUGCAAGGUGAUGAAGUAUCUCCCAAAGUUCCAAGUUGCUCAGCCCUCCAAAGCUUGUAUACCAUUGGAACAUGAAGAUGUAAGUGGUGGAUCUCUCUGCUGACAUUUUCUUAUCUAUGUUAUUUUUAUUUCAGUAUGUGUGGGUGCCUAUCCUCCAAAAAACCAAAAAGAUUUGGACUUGUAUUUUCAUAAAUUUCAGACUUGUGUGUUGUAUUAUCCCCAACUUAUGGGUGACAACUAGCUUGGACUAAUUAAUUAGCAUCUUGUAUGCUAUAAUCUAUGUUAUGUUUCUUUUGGAUUUU